AUGACUCGGAAACAUGGAGGCUCUGCUUUAUUAUUGGUAGGCUGUGUUAUUGGUCUUUACGCGUCGUUUGUGUCGUGGUCUGUUCUUCAAGAGCGAAUCAAUACCAUACCAUAUGGAGUUGAUGAAUAUGGUAAACCAAUCUUCUUUAACGCUUCAUUAGUGGUUAACGCGGCCCAGGCCUUGUUUGCAGCCUUAAUAGGACUGCUCUAUUCCUUAGUAGCUUAUCAACGCAACCCCUUUGAUGUGUUCACCAAGAAUGAUGGACAAACUGGGAAUAAGUUGCUACGAUACUUUUGUUUGGUGGCCCUAACAUCUUCAAUUUCAUCUCCUAUUGGCUAUCAACUGAUGAAACACGUUGAUUACUUGGUUUACUUGUUGGCAAAGUCUUGCAAGUUAAUUCCGGUGAUGAUAGUCCACACUGCACUCUAUCGCACUAGAUUUCUGUUGGAGAAACAUGUGGUUGCGCUUAUGGUGACUGCUGGAGUUGCUGUAUUUACAUUGGCACAUUCAAAGAAGAAGCAAGCCUUGUCAGUUGAUGAUAAUGAUCCCAUUUUAGGAGUGUUUUUGUUGGCAGUAUCGAUGAUCUUGGAUGGACUCAUGAAUUCCACUCAAGAUCAGAUCUUCAAAUUACAACGUACCACUAAACUUGAAGCCAAAGUCACGGGUGCUACAUUGAUGACAGUGCUGAACUUAUUAGUAUUUGUUCUUACUGCUGGCUAUACCAUUCUUUUCAAUUUUAACCAGAUCAAGUAUACGGUUGGGUUCAUCCACCGAUACCCAGAAGUACUUUUGAACGUCGUAUCAUUUGCGGCGUUAGGAGCAGUGGGUCAAGUAUUUGUAUUUAUAAUUCUUGAGAAGUUUGAUUCGCUCGUGUUAGUUACAGCCACAGUUACUCGGAAGAUGAUCAGCAUGAUUUUAAGUGUGGUGUUGUUUGGCCACUACUUAAACAUGAGACAAUGGAUUGGUGUUGCUCUUGUGUUUGGAGGAAUUGGAUAUGAAGCUUUGCUGAAGAUAUUAUCCACUAAAAGCACGACUAAAAUGAAGAAGUCGUAA